AUGGCUUUGGAUGAUCGUAAUGACCCUUGGAUGUGCAGAGUUUUUCCUACCAGUUUGACAGGAGCAGCACUAGAGUGGUUCAGGAAUAAACCGCAUAAAUCCACCCCGGAUUACGUGACUUUAUGCACUAUGUUCCUGACACAGUAUUGCGGAAAUAAGAAGCAAAAGAAAAGCAUUGCCAGCUCUUCACCGCGACAGGUGGAGAAUAUGAUCGCCAGAGGUGAGUUGACGGAUUACCUCAUGACAAAGGAGCAUGCAAAACCCCACGAGAUCUAUCCCUGCAAGGUAGAAGGUACGCAAGUAAAAGUCAUCCAUGCAAUACAUGACAGGUCUGAAGAUGAUCAAGAGUCCGAUGAGGUGUACAGAUCCAGAUUGAGGGUGACCCACAAGUUCAGGAAGAUAUCCUUGGUCAAUGCUAUCAAUCCUGGUAGCAUUAGUAUUGGAUUCGGAGAUGGCAACCUAUCCAGAGUGCAACUCCCCGACGAGGAUCCAUUGGUCAUCAGUCUUUUAGUGGCCAAGUGUAUGAUCAGGAGGGUUUUGGUAGAUCCAGGAAGUAGUGCUAACAUAAUCACAAAGACGGUCUUUGAUCAGUUAGAGAUCUCAUCAUCAUCUAUUCGACCUAACUCCAGCCCGUUGAUGGGAUUCGAUGGCACAAGAGUAAAUCCCCUUGGAGUAAUAGACUUGUCCGUAACCACAGCGAAGAGGACUCUAAAGGAGAACUUUGUUUUAACAGAGAUCCAUCAUUCUUACAAUCUCAUCAUGGGAAGAGGCUGGAUACAUCGGAUGAAAGGAGUUUCGUCCACCCUCCACUAG